AUGGAGGUCGCUGCCUGCGGAGCACGGGCGCUCGGCCGAGGGGCGGCGAACAGCAGGACAAUCGAGGCGGUCCUGGCUGUCCCCGCGGCCGAGUGCUGUCCCCACCUGCCCGGAGUCAGUCCGCUGUGGGGGCGCAGGGACCCAGGACGCAGGAGCGCCCUGGGCGAGCGGGACACGUGCGGCCGGAAAGACCGGGCCAUCUGGUCCCCGCCACCUCCGGACCCGGCCCGCGGGCUGGCGGCGCGGCGCGCGGGAGAAUACAGACGCACUUUCCAGCGUCGACUCUUGAUGGCGUAUCCUGCAAGAACAAACGUGCUGGCAUUUCUUUGCACAGUCACAUGCCUGUCUAUUACAGGAGAAAUAGAUGUGUGCAAGAAGGGGGGUGUGACCGUGAAGCCUUCCCAUGUAAUUUCACUUGGAUCAGCCGUCAAUAUUUCAUGCUCUUUGAAGCCCGAACAAGGCUGCUCUCGCUCUUCCAGUUCUGACAGGCUGAUCCUCUACAAGUUCAACAGAACCAUCCAUGUUCAGCCUGGCCCCUCCCUCAGCGCUCAAGUCACCGGCCUUCCCCUGGGCACCACCAUGUUUCUCUGCAACCUGGCCUGUGGCGGCGGCGGCGGCGCGGAGACUCGAAUCUGUGGGGCUGAGAUCUUCGUUGGUGUUGUUCCAGAACAACCUCAAAGUAUAACUUGCACACAGAAUGGAGAACAUGGGACCGUGGCCUGCAGCUGGGACCGAGGGAGAGACACCCACCUUUACACCGUCUAUCUUUUACAGUUAGAAGGACCCAGAAAUUUAACUUUGCAGAAGGAAUGUAAGGGUCAUUAUUGUAAUAAAUCGGAUCUUGGAAUAAGCCUACCUCCUGAAUCACUUGACUCCAGUUACACAGCCACGGUUACUGCCAGCAAUAAGCUUGGACAUUCUUCUUCAUUCCCAUCCACAUUCACAUUCUUGGAUAUAGUGAGACCUCUUCCUCCGUGGGACAUCAGAAUCACAUUUACAAAUACUUCUGUGAGAAGAUAUACCCUUCAUUGGAGAGAUGAUGGAAUGGUGAUACUUAAUCGACUCAAAUACAGGCCCACCAACAGUGGGUCCUGGACUAUGGUUAAUGCUACAAGUGCCAAAGGAAGACAUGAUUUGCUUGAUCUGAAACCCUAUACAGAAUAUGAAUUUCAGAUUUCCUCUAAGUUUCAUCUUCAGGCAGGAAGCUGGGGUGACUGGAGUGAGGCACUGAGGAUUCAAACACCAGAAGAAGAGCCUAUUGGGAUGCUAGAUGUGUGGUAUGUGAACCAGCACAUUGAACACGAGAGACAACGGAUUUCUCUUUUCUGGAAGAAUCUGAGUGUAUCAGAGGCAAGAGGAAACAUCCUCCACUAUCAGGUGACCUUACAGGAAGUGGCAGGUGGGAAGGCCACACGACAGAAUACCACAAGACAUAACUCCUGGACCUGGGUCAUUCCUAGAAUGGAGAGAUGGGCUAUGACUGUGUCCGCUGUCAACUCAAAAGGCAGUUCCCCGCCUGCUCGGAUUAACAUAACGAACCUGUGCGGGGCAGAGUCGCUGGCUCCUCGCCGGGUCUCCGUGCACUCCGAGGGCGAGAACAGCAUGGUGGUGACUUGGGAGCCCCCCGGGAGCCCAGGGGCUGCUGUCCAGGAGUACGUGGUGGCAUGGCGGGACCUUCAUCCCGCGCGUGGCACACAGCCCCAGCUGGACUGGCUGAGGAGCCCCGCCUACAACACAGCGGCUUUGAUUUCAGAGAACAUCAAGCACUACAUCUGUUAUGAAAUUCGAGUGUGUGCACUGUCAGGAGACCAGGCAGGCUGCAGCACUGUUUGGGGUGACUCCAAGCACAAAGCACCGUGGAGCGGCCCUCAUAUUAAUGGCAUCACAGAGCAAAAGGGAAUUGUUUUGAUUUCAUGGAACAGAAUUCCAGUCAAGGAACAAAUGGGCUGCAUCCGGUCUUACAGGAUCUACUGGAAGAAACAGGACUCAGAUUCCCAGCCUCAGCUCUGUGAAAUUCCCUACGAGGUUUCCCAAAACUCACACGCAAUAAACAGCCUGCAGCCCAGAGUGGCCUACGUCCUGUGGAUGACAGCGCUGACAGCUGCGGGUGAGAGCCCCGGAGGAAAUGAGUGGGAAUUGUACUUGCAAGGUAAAACCAACUGGAAUAUGUUCUUGGCACCAAGUAUCUGCCUCGCUGUCAUCCUGGUGGGCGUUUUCUCAAUGCGUUACAUCCGGCAAAAGGUACUUGUUCUCCUUACGACUCUCAGACCUCAUUGGUACAGCAAAGGAAUUCCAGACCCAGCGAAUAGCACUUGGGCUAAAAAACAUCUCAUCCUGGAGGAGAAGAUGCAGCUGCCCUCAGACAGGCUCCUGAUAGCCGGCCACUCUCCGGAAGAACCCGAGACACUGGUCAUCAAUGAGGUCAUUCAUCAGGAACCCCCAGCCUUCACUCAUCCGCAUCACACCAACUGGCCAGAACAAAGGGGACCAGGAGGCCAAGGUCCCUACACCGCUGAGGAAGACCUGGCACCUCCAGGAGCUGAGACAAGACAACCAGGGGAUCUGUACAAGGUGCUGGGGGGCAGGGGCCCUGUCACCAACCCUGGAAACCCAGUCAGCCCCCUGACCAUCCUCCCGGUGGACUACCUUCCUAGCCAGGAGGGCUACUUACCCUCCAACAUAGGUUACCUCCCUUCACACGAGCCUCCUGCCCCGGAGCCCCUGGAAGAGCUGGAGCCUCAGCACAUCUCCCUUUCCGUUUUCCCCGCAAGUUCCCUUCACCCGCUUAGCUUCUCCUGUGGUGAGAAGCUGACUCUUGACCGGUUGAAAAUGGGGUGUGGCUCCCUCAUGCUCUGAGACUGAUCCUUGAAGCCUGGGAAGUUGCUGGGCCCCUAAGCAGUCCCCUUUCCAAGUGGGGCACAAUUACACAUUCCAGCAGCCAAUGCUUCCUGGUACUGCCAUCAGGUCUGGGUACCAGGGGAGGACGCUCAAGCCAGUCGUCCUUCACCCAGACACCUCAUCUUGUCUUCUCCAGAGCCUUAACAUUACAUCCUCCGCUGUGCAGACCUAAAGACUUCAACGUGGGGCCCUGGCAACUUUCUUGGCUAUGCUGGCCAGAGAAGAGGGGAGAAGGGAGCAAAUCUCUUAGUAGCAACGGACAACAGUGCAGAGGACCAUUCAUGCAACAGCUUUGUAUAGAGCACCUCUUGCACACCAGUCUGUGUGCUCCAGAUCAGCAUUGCUCAGCAGGACUUUGAGAUGACAACUGGCCUGUGUCUGCAGUCGAUAUGGUACACUAGCAGCAUGACUGCUGGCUAUUUGGAGUGUGUCCAACACAACCCAGACAUGGAAUGUCGAUUACAAUGAAAUGGAAAUACCCACAGUGGCUAGUAGCCACUAUGGAACAUUAAAGCGAGCCUUCAAAACAGUGUGGUUACACAUUGGGCUGAGAUCUUCAAGGUCAGCAGUUCAAAACUACUGGCUGCUCGUUGCUCCUCAGGAGAAAG